UUGUUUCCUACAUAACUAUUUCAUUUCUAUUAUUUUUCGGCUACAGUAGUCGGAAUGCCCAUUCUUCCUGAUUUGAUGAAAAUGGCUCCGAUCAUCAUGCGGCUUUCGAUUUCUGCCACAAGAGGCACACACACACCACACCAAGCAGGUCUCGGGCAGCUUGGGGUAUCACGACCACAGUCUUAAAGCAGCAGCUGCGAGGUUGUUGUCUCAGUGCAGGCCCGUAGUAAUCCUGCUUCUGCCCGGCAAGGUCUCGUAUAACGGAACGCAUGGCCCUUCUUGUCAGCAAAAUGCGAGGAUGCUCCAGAUCCCCUCUCUGCUCACGUCGGCCAGCUCGAUUUUCCGACAUUGCCGUGUCCUCUGUAUCUGGGCUCUGGCUGAUACGGCGGUCGAACAUCCCCCAUCCAUGCCAGGGAUGCGGUGUCAGCCCCCGGCGAAUUUAUUGCAGCGACGUGUCGGGACCUCUAUUGCAGUCAAUCCAUGACAAAUCCGCGAGAAGAUGCGGGGCAAUGUCAUCAAUCGUUGAUGCUGAUCAGCCCUUCACUGGUGCGCAGGCGAAGGCGUUUAAAGUUUUGAACCUGCCUUUUGCCAGCUGGAAAAUGCAUCUGAACGAGCCGUCGUCUUCCGGCCGAUCAAGCCGAGUUGCGGAUCUCGCGGAGAGAGAUCAGGUCCCAUGGGUCCGCCAUGCUGCGUACUGUGUGGUAUGCCCUGAUAUCCGCACCAUGGGACAAGUACUGUACAUACAUAAGGUACCUUACGCGAGGUAUUCCCGGUGCAAACCUGCGUGCUUGCGCCCAACGAUGGUGGUGGUCAGUAUCAAAUAUGGAAGUCCCCUUGCUUUCGGAUCGCAACGCUCGCCAACACAACGAGUUUCGAUGUUUUCCAACAACGAAGUGGAAAUCUGUCCGACUGUCGACAAUGGACCAACUGCCCGCUAUUCCCAGCCCGUUCAACUACACGUAGUGGGGACCUGACCCUGUCCAUCGAACCUCUAUCCAUUGGCUGCUGGAGGACCUGGACGGAGGCUACUCUCCUGAUUCGCUCCAGACAAUCUAGAUCCUUGGCGCGGAUCACUUACCCCUGCUCCAAAUGAUGAAAUAGCUGCUUAUCAGCAAGCACAAAGUCCGACCAUCGGUGACGAUGACGACCAAGAACUGUCUUUGUAGAACUCUUUUGCGGAGGCCCGGAUGGAGGUAAGUACGCAGAAAAGGACCGCGGAAUCAACGAGUGCACAGAUCAAAAGAUCUGUUGGGGCUGCCCGGCAGCAAUCAAGUUGAU